GCUUUUGGCUGCGCGAGCUCUCUGCGUUUCCGCUCGGCCCCUCCCCCCCCGUGUGUCGGCGCGCGCCUCCUGCUCGGGUGUCGGAACCGCGGGGCCUGCAGGAGAAACACCGACAGACCCUCCGACAAAGGCCGCGCUGUGAGCGCCGGAAACGCUGCUUGUCCUGUACGGAGUCGCAGGCGAGCUGGAUCCGAUCCCAGCUGGCUCUGGGUGAGAGGCGGGGUACACCCUGGACAAAUCGCCAGUGAGUGUGUUCUGCAUGGAUAGCGGUGCGUUACUGGGACAUCCGUGUGCUGAAGAACGACAGUUUUGUAGCGAGGCCAAUGAGGAUUAAGGACGAUGGACGACACCGUGACGAGACUCGCUCUCCGUUCCCAGGAGCCGAAAAUCAUCCUGCAUGGCUCUGAUGAUGGAGGGAUGUGUGGGGAGGAGUACGUGGUGGAGCUGCAGGAGACGGUCCUGCUCUCGGACGGAGAGAACGACGGAGAGAACGAUGGUGUUGCUGUACGCAGUUUCUCCUCCGACGAGCUCGUCAUCCAGGACGCCGUGGAGGAUGUGGUUGCCGAGGACGACGAGGGCGUCGCCGUGGAGACAUGUGUUAUGUCACUGGAGGGUGAGGAUGAUGAGGAGGAUGGAGUGACUGUGGCAGAGGAAGAGCUGGUGGAGGAGAGAGAGAACGAACUGCACUCCUCCGGAGAUUACCUCAUGAUCUCCUUGGAUGAGGAUGGGAAGAUGGUGUCUGCUGAUGGAGAGGAAGUGACAGUGGAAGGAGCGUUGGAUGACCAGGAAGUGGAGAAAGAUGAGGAUGGACAGGAAGUCAUUAAAGUUUACAUCUUUAAAGCUGACUCUGGGGAUGACGAGCUCGGUGAGGGGGACUCGGAUUCGGUGUGUAAGCCUCUGAGGGAGAAGAUGCUGUACAUGUCAGUGAGUGAUGGCCAUCACACUCACACUGAUGGGGGCUCUAAGCUCUCUGAUGAGGUGUACAUGGAGGUGGUGGUUGGGGGAGAGGAGCCAGUGUGUAAUGACCGACCGUACGAGAGCAAAGACUUCAUGCCUGUGAACUGGACGGCUGCUUAUGAUGACUCGGAGUGCUGUGAGAACAGGAACGGUGCAGCGAGUGCAGUUCUGCACAUUGACGAGUCUGAAAUCCCACACACACUCAAACAACAACACGGCAAAACACACAGACGGGCCGAACACAGGCAGGUGCAGACAGCAAUUAUUAUCGGGCCGUACGGUCAGCCGCUCACGGUUUACCCCUGCUUCCUGUGUGGGAAGAAGUUUAAAUCUCGGGGUUUCCUGAAGCGUCACACUCGGAACCACCACCAGGACGUCCUGAGCCGUAAGAAGUACCAGUGCACCGACUGCGACUUCACCACUAACAAGAAGUCCAGUUUCCACAGUCACAUGGAGGAGCACACACAACACACACACACACCCAACACCAAGGCUCAGUUCGAAUCUGAAGCUCUGAAAGAUUUCCACCAGCAGGCGCCGCUCUUCUCCAAUCGCCUCCAACCACAGCAGAAAACAAAGAUGGCCGCUGUUCCUGCUAAGAAGACGCACAAGUGCAAGUUCUGCGAGUACGAGACAGCGGAGCAGGGCCUGCUAAACCGCCACCUGCUGGCCGUGCACAGUAAAAACUUCCCGCACGUCUGUGUCGAGUGCGGAAAGGGCUUCAGGCAUCCGUCCGAGCUACGUAAGCAUACGCGCACACACACGGGCGAGAAGCCGUACUCCUGCACACACUGCACUUACAAAUCUGCUGAUUCGUCCAACCUGAAGACACACAUGAAGACCAAACACAGCCACGAGGACGAGGAGACCGCGGCGGUUUCAGUGCCACACACGGAGCAUUUCACGGAAAACGUCACCGAGACGACGACAAUGCAGGACCACGACCCUGAUCGCGAUCAGGACAACGACGACGACGAUGACAACGAUGAGGCUCGAGGUCAUCGGUGUGACAUGUGUGAUCAUCGCAGCUCCAAUUCCAGCGAUCUCAAGCGUCACGUCAUCUCUGUCCACACAAAAGACUAUCCUCACAAGUGCAACGUCUGCGGUAAGGGGUUCCAUCGACCCUCAGAGCUCAAAAAGCACGCCGUAUCCCACAAGGCCAAGCGGCCACACCAGUGUCGCCACUGCAGCUUUAAGACUGCUGAUCCAUUUGUGCUGAGUCGACACAUUUUAUCCGUUCACACUAAAGAACAGCAGCAACAGGAAGUGCAACAAAACGCAAAUGAACAGCAGCAACCGGCACCUUCGUUACAGACGCAAGAGCGAAGUCUGCCCAAGAAGACAAUCGGGGCGGCGCAGCUCGCUCUGGGUGGGGCUCCCAUCAUUAAAAAGGUGAUAGGAGCCAAGGGACCAAGGGAACGACGUGUGUAUCAGUGUCAGUACUGCGACUACAGCACCGGAGACGCGUCGGGGUUCAAACGCCACGUCAUUUCCAUCCACACCAAGGAUUAUCCACAUCGCUGCCAGUUCUGCUCCAAGGGCUUCCGGAGACCGUCGGAGAAAAACCAACACAUCAUGCGCCAUCACAAAGACAUGAUGCCCAGUGAGUGAGUGAGUCAGUGUACACUUCCCCCUUCAUCACUGACCUCCUCUUCCUCACUCCGCCUCCAUGAUCACACAGCAACAGUGACAUCACAUGACAGUCACAUGAUUUCCAGAUAAGGGGGAGGCCUUUUGUCUUUGUGUGUGUGUGUGUGUGUGUGUGUCGGUGCCAUAUUUAGAAUAGUUUACAGUUUACAAUUUUAUCAUCAUGUCAUGUCCUGAAAGAAAUCACUAAUAAUGAUGUUCGUCCCGUGAACUGAAUUAUGGGAUGUCGUUGCCAGGCCACUUCCUUCCACAUAAUUUAAAGUGUCCCAGGUGAUCCAGUGCAAGUUAAAUAUCGCAGUGCAUUCAGGUGAUUAUCGGUUCACGCCCAGUCAGGAAGUCGUCAUCAUGGCUACUUCAAUCCUCAGCCUGUGAUUUAUUCUGAUUUUUUAUCGAUGUUUUUAUCUGAAGCAGUUUUCAGACUGAAUGCGAAUGAAACUGUUCAUUUUAAUAUUUAAUAUAAAAAUAGUGCUGAUUUCAUUGCGAUGAACUUUAACCCUGCAAAUUUAACUGUAAGACAACAGAAAAAGAAAGUGCGCUGCUGUUGUUAACUUUAUCUUUAAAAAAAUAGAGGAGCUAAGUAUUUGUUUUUAUUUUAAUUUGAAUAUAAUUUAAGCACCAUUGUACAGAAGAGCGAAUGGAGGAUGAGAAUAAUAUAAGACAAAGUAUUAAAUUAAAUCAGACUUCGAUUUGAGCGUUGUGUUUAAAUCUCAGCCGCUGAGACAGAACGCUGUACGAGACGUGAUCUUUACACACAGGAACAAAGGAGCUCCGUUUCACAGCACUGAAUCAUUUUCACACUUAUCCAGUCACUGAGCUGAACCCUUGUACAUUAACGUGUUAGCAGGGACACACACACACACACACACACUGUAAUACACUCACGCUACACCUUUUUGAAAACACAGCGUAUGUUUUGCCCAAACACACAUUUUAUUUUCAGUUUGUUUCCUCAAAGUUUUUCCAUCCACAAAAAAAAAAAUUAAUUUGUUCUGACAGCUGGGAUAGGCUCCAGCUUGCCUGCGACCCUGUAGAAGGAUAAAGCGGCUAGAGAUAAUGAGAUGAGACGACUGAAUGAACUUGAUUGGUGUGUGUGUGUGUGUGUGUGUGUGUGAGAACCAAGUGCAAUGUCUCACUUCUGUCUGCCAUUUACAUUUUUACCCCAUGUUUCGGUGGGACUUCAUUACCAUGGUGACGGUACCAGCAGGCUGGUUUCUUAUGGAGGAACGCUAGUCAUGUGACUUACAGCUGGACUUCAUUCACGUAGCAUGGUCAUGCUAGUGCAGUUAGUACUAGUGUGUGUGUGUGUGUGUGUGUGUGUGUGUUUUAGUGGACAACACCCAGUUGUGAGCAUUACACACUAACACACUUCAACUUUGGGACUCAUUGGUAUGUGUGAACACGCCCUUAUAUGGUCAUAGUGUUUGAAAUGCUCUCUCUUUCUCUCUCUCACACACACACACACACACACACAGAGGCACUUUGAAGCGCAUAUGUUGUACACAGACUUGAUGAAAACAAUAGUUCCACUCUAACGUAAAUCCCCUGACCAAUCACAGAGCGGCUCUUAUUUAAACAUUCGCGGAUUGUUUGUGAUUAAACGAAUGGUGUGUGAUGCGUUCUGGCUGUGACAUCAUGUCAUAGAUAAAGCACUGAGUUCCACUCCAUUCAACACCAUUGGUCAGUCCGGGGUGUCGGUCCCUUCCUGGUCUGGUUUAGCCCCGCCCCUUCCCCCCCCGUGGUCAUUUUUAUAGUGAGAUUAUUUAUUUGUUGAGCGUGGAGACGGUGUUGUAUAGUUUAGCAAACUGAUUCAAAGCGACUGUAACUUAUUGUUUUUGUACACAGAUCUGUAAAGAGAGAAUGAAGAUGUAAACACUUGUUAAAGAAAAACCUGAAUCUGAACUUUGUGUUGUCCUGAGUGUAAUGUUCGACAUAUUUGUUAAAAAAAAGGAAAUAAAAGGCAGAGUAUUUUC